UAUUGUUUUUUUUUUUUUUUUUUUUUUUUAUUCUAGUUUAUUCUACUUCGUUUCUCUUCUUUUUGUUCAUUUUACUUCUUUUAUUUUCUCCUUUUUCUUUUUUCGCUUCUAUAUGACGGGAGGUGUUUCCACCCCUAAGGAAUGACUCCGCCCAUUAAAUUUCAGGCCAAUAGAAGCUCGGUAUUCGAGCCACCCUUAAACAAUCCCCACCCUACCAUUUCGCGUUGGUUUCCAACCCUCGGAUGGUACGAGACUUUGCGAUUCUCUUCGCAGUCGGCAGUCAGCUUCGUUCGCCAGAACAAACAGAGUAGAAAUAUAACACAGUAAAUAUAUAUAUUGUAUACACUGCACACUGCUACGUACAUGUUAUAAAUCUGAAGAAAUUUCAUUUUAAGAAAUACGUCCUACACACGUACUUGUAUCGGAAAACGAUCAAAAGUAGAUAAUUAUUUUUUGUAAUUGUAUUUACAAUAAUAAAUAUAAAAAACGGGAACGGAGAUGAACUGCGGAUAAUCGGGAAUCGUACAACCGAAAGGAAAACUUAUUACCGAAGAAGAAAAACAAAGAAGAUCAAUCGGAUCGACUAUUGAGGAAUAACAUGGCCGGACCUUAUCUUUCACCCCUGGGACCACAAGCCGAUCUCCUCACCGAAUAUAUGUUCGGGCGACGCCGACAGGUCAGUAGACGUAAUCGGACGACGUUUACUCCGCAACAACUUCAGGAGCUCGAGUCGCUUUUCCAAAAGACUCAUUACCCGGACGUAUUUCUCAGGGAAGAAGUUGCCCUCAGAAUUUCUCUUUCCGAAGCUCGUGUCCAGGUCUGGUUCCAAAAUAGGAGAGCAAAAUGGCGGAAACAGGCGCGUCUUCAGCUGCUUCAAGACGCUUGGCGGAUGCGUUGUUUGGGACUCGGUAGCGCCGGUCCUCUGUUACUACGUCCUCCGCAAGCCGGAGGCGAACACCCCGACUCGUCACCACCUCCGCCGUCGCCGUCGCUCCCUUCGAAUCAGAUGCCGAAUUCACCACCGGAAAAAACCAACGACGGUGGAAAUCACGCGCAUCCGGUAUGCAGGGACUACCGCAUCCUUUCGCCCCACGGUUAUCCUUCGAUGGGUUGCGACAAAUCACCCGACAGAUCAAUACGAUGUGGUUGUGGAUCUCCGCAAAGAAGAUCCGUCAGUCCCGUUUCUACAGGCGUUGAUAUCACCGAGCGACCUCAGGAGUCGGAGAUGGAUUUAACCGUUAAAGGAUCUCACCCCCCGCAACACCCGCACCCUUCGCUGUUUCAUCAUCACCCACCUGCUGUAAAUCAAUCGCAGAAUAUUGGACCCAUCAACAAUCACCCGAUGGACGAACCUUUGGACGUAACUCUUAGCAACAAGAAAAAUAACUGAACAUAAUUCGAGUGCGUCUGGACAGAAAUGAUUUAAAAAAAAAAACAACACAAAAAAAAAACGACGAAACUAUUCGGUAAUGUUUACGGGGUAAUUGAUUUCGUAGAUUUUUUUUUUUCUCCCCAUCGUUCGUCUCUCCAUACACGAAAGACUUUUUUUUACAUAUCAUUAAAACCCCCCAUAAGGCAUUAAGCUAUAUAUAGUGCGUCAGACCAUGAAUAAAAAAAAUCAAUGAAAAAACUACGAUAAAAUGUGAAUAUAAAUACAAACAAUCGGGGAAAAAAAUCAUCCGCUAAAUAUUUAUUGGGCGUUUACUGACAGAUUGAUCACAUAAUGCUGACAUCGGUUAUAAUAAUAAUAAUAUUAAUAAUAUUAAUGAUAAUAUUAAUGAUAAUAAUAAUAAUAAUAGUAUCAACGAUGAUAAUGAUUGAAAAGGCGGCAGCUAGUAUAUUAAUUAUUAA